AUGGCGAUUGUAACAGGUGCCAACCCCAGCGUCGGGCUCAUUGGGUGGCUCACAGGCGGUGGUCAUGGACCGCUUUCGACAAGCUACGGGAUGGGGGCCGACAACUUGCUUGAGGCCACCAUUGUCACACCGAAUGGUGAAGUCGUCCUCGCGAACCCAUGUCAGAACCAAGACUUGUUCUUUGCUAUACGAGGCGGAGGUGGCGGCACAUUCGGCAUCAUCACUGAAGUCGUCGUUCGCACUUUUCCAACCCCAAGAACUACUGCACAUACCUUCCAAGUCCGCUUAAAAGACCUAGGCAGAAGCGCGGAUUUCUAUAAGUUCUUGGGAUACCUGCACGCUGAGAUGCAGCGGCUGAAAGAAGGCGGCAUGCAAGGGUAUUACCUGGUUGUGGGACCGCCUAUUGUUCCCACUCUAUCAUUCUCCUGGACAUUCUUACUUUACAACGCUCCAAGCGGAGCGGUUGAGCUACUCAUGGAACCUAUUGAAGCAUAUCUGCAGGAGCGGAGGCAGGCUUUUGAAUGGCAGUCGAUAUUAUCGCACACGGAUACGUACCUGGAGAUGCACAAAGCCAAUUUCACGAACGAGCAAGUCGCAAAUGGUGGCUCGGCAUAUGGGUCAAGAUUGCUCAGUGCCGAGAGUCUGGCGAACCCACACCUGACGGCGAUCGUAUUUUCGAAGAUCGGCCCAACCAAUGAUGCCUUUGAGCCAAAUGUAAAGGACCUCAGCUCUGGUUGA